UUUCCAACGACUUUUAAAACAUAUACGCUUAGUCAUUGCAUUUUAGUAAUAACAAAUCAUUUCAAUAAGGUUUUCGUCGUUACCCACUAUCCUUUGUUAUCAUUUCAUUACAAAACAUAACAACACAGCAAUCAUCAUAUAGUAUGAUCAUUCCAACAUCUCUCUAAGGUCUUUGUUACAUUGAUCAAAGUUUUUCAAUACUGUUAUUUACUUUCUGUACGUUUCACAAAUAAAAUCAAUAAUGGGAGGGUACAGAGCCGACGACGACUACGAUUAUCUCUUUAAGCUAGUCUUGAUCGGAGAUUCCGGCGUCGGAAAAACCAACCUCUUGUCCCGGUUCACCAGAGAUGAAUUCAGUAUCGAGUCAAAGUCAACCAUCGGUGUAGAAUUUGCCACGAAAAGUGUUCAUGUCGACGAGAAAAUCAUCAAAGCUCAGCUUUGGGAUACCGCCGGUCAAGAAAGAUACAGAGCAAUCACGAGUGCAUACUACAGAGGAGCAGUAGGGGCUCUUCUAGUUUACGACAUAACUAGACACAUAACGUUCGAAAACGUUGAACGAUGGCUCAAGGAGCUUCGUGACCAUACCGAUGCCAACAUUGUGAUCAUGCUUGUUGGAAACAAAGCUGAUCUUCGUCACCUUCGUGCUGUUCCCACGGAAGAAGCUAGAUCGUUUUCUGAAAGAGAGAACAUGUUCUUCAUGGAGACUUCUGCUCUUGAUGCUACAAAUGUUGAGCAAGCUUUCACUCAUGUAUUGACUCAGAUCUAUCGUGUUAUGAGCCGUAAGGCUCUUGAUGGUACUGGAGACCCAACCUAUUUGCCUAAAGGACAGUCCAUUGAUAUUGGAAGCAAGGAUGAUGUUACUGCUGUUAAGUCCUCUGGUUGUUGCUCAGGUUGAGAUUAUGGUUUUAAGGUUGGUUUCAUAACACAAACCGAAUCUGCAUCGACUUGAACAUUGGUCCGGUUAAUAAGGCCGUUUUAGCCUGAAACUAGACUGAAUCCAACCGAAAUAUCUGGGUUAGACUUCAGCUCUAGUUUUUAUAGUAUAACAAACUUCAAUCGAAAAACCUUCAGAUGUGCAUCCUAAACAUGUUACUUAAAUUUGUAAUAAUGAUUCUUAUUGAUAUGCUUGGUACUUUGUUUAGCAAUUGAGAUCUGGUUUUCUA